AUGUGUGGCGUUCACAGUUCCACCCAUCUAACCCGCAUUAACCACUUCACCCCGAAACCACCCGUGACUUUCUCUGCAGACGCGUGUGUCGGCCGGGACUGCGGGUUAGAGGCGUCAUGCAUUGGCACGGGUGAUCCCAUUCCUCCGUGUGUGUGCAACAGUAAAGGCUUUACCUUUGUCCAAUCUGACAAGACGUGCUUUGCCCCCUUGGUGCGCACGACGGUGCAGAUCAAAGGCCUGCUCAGCCCGCUCAUGAACAUCACCUUCUCCACGGACGGGCCGGCAGAGCAGCACGCCAGCGGCACCACGGCGUGCAGCAACGUGGGGCAGAAGAUCUACAGCGAGACUGACAUCACCGUUGUAUGGAACGCAACUAACCCAGCCGCCAAUCCCACCUCAAACCCAAACUCACCCUCGCUGCAAGACGCCGCGGCUGGCGCUGCCAUGUGCAAGAGCCUGUCGUUCUACUCGGGGCUGUGGUGCGAGGAGGAUGUGGAGUUGACUCUCGCGCGUCCUCGUCCCGUGAAGCGCGGCCGUACCACUGCGUACCCCGUCACGAAAAAGUAUAUCAAAGACGUUUAUUUGGUGCAAUCAGUUGGCUGCGAGAUCACCACGUGCCACAAGGAUUGUGGAGCUGCUGAGUGCGUUGUGAAGGACGGCCAGCAGCAGUGCCAGUGCCCCGAGGGCUUUGUGUUCAACGCAGCCAAGAAGACCUGCGGCGCUCCUCCUCCUCCCAAGUGCAGGCCUGCCUGCACUGGGAGCUUAUUUAUGAUCAAGUUCAAGAUGAAAGAGCUGGUAGACAAGGGAGGGCAGGACAGGCAACCCUUGCUCAACAUGAAGGAGGCAGAAGCUGGAAGUGCCAGCAGGAUACCGAAUGGUGGGGGGGGCUGA